GUCAGARUUGAUGGCGAAACGUAACGCGGAGUGAUACGUCUUCACUGUUAGCAUGUCCUCUGAGAUUGGUUCAACUUUCCAACACCUUGACAGGUAACUUUAAGCUGCCAUUCGGAGGAAAACAACUAAAUCAACUACGCAAACACAACUCUGUGAUGUUUCAAGUGAUGUGAGUCAAUUAAAACCAGGAUCCAAACAUGGCCUUCAUUUGUUGGAGGACAAGUUUCUUGCAGUGAAGUUCUGGGCGUUUGUAGGUGUUUUUUUGACUGAAAAUAAAGAACUCCACACCCUGAAGAAUGUCUGACCAAGGUGACUUAACCACGGCUUCAAACGGGGAGGUGGCUGGUCGAACUGCACGGCCACAAACGGCAGAGACUAAGAAGCUACAGGACAGCAGCAGUGAGGAGGAGAGAAGGGAGAGUGUAGAUGAUGAUGAUGAUGAAGAAGAAAACGAGGAGGAAGAGGAGGAGGAGGAUGUGAGAACCCCUGCUCACCUGGAGCCCAGCACUUUGCCGUGGCCGGGAGACCAAAAAAAGAAGCUCCUGUCGGACGAGGACGCUUCGGGGUCUGAGGAGAGGGACACGGGGAUCAGCAGGGGGAGUCAGGACCUGUCGGAGGAGCAGAGCCAGGCGGAGGGAGACGUCAGGAGCAAAUCCAAAUGGAGGGAGAGCAUGCCUGAAGGUGAGAGGUGGAGGGACGAUGACGUCCAGGUGGAGCAGAAAGAUAAAGGUGAUGGAUCACUUGCGGACGAUGAGGAGGAGAAGGAURAGGAGUGGCCCUCAGAGAAACACUCCUUGGGUUUCACUCCACAUGUAGAGAUUUUGUGUCCAACCAGUAAAGAUUCUCCUGAGGAGGACCAGUACUUCAGGGAGGAGGCGCUGAGAGAGGAGCAGAGGGAGGCGCUGAUGGAGCACAACAUGGCUGCACAGUUUUACCCCGAGUGGGAAGAACAGGAUAAGUACUAUCUGUGCGAGGACCUCUGCAGCGAGAAACUGAGGCUGGUUUUGUCCACGGCGGCUGCGGGGCUACUCUUCCCCCUGCUGGUGUGGGGGGGUCACGCCCUGCUUCCCUUCGAGUCGCCGCCGCUGCCGAGCGCCCCGCUCCGGGUCGCGUACACGCUUCGCUGCUCCUUCUUCGCCACCAUCCCCAUCCUGCUCGGUGUGUUGGUGCAGGGCGUGGCCCGGCUGCGUUUCGGCGCCCUGAAGCCGCUCUAUCAGCACGAGGUGGUGAACAAGGAAGUGGCGGUUCACUGGCACUACGUCAACGAAUCGUUGGCGCUCUUUCUCUUCUACUUCCUGCAGCUGGCCGUCCUGGCAACCUACAUCAACCAGGACCUGGUUAAACUGGUGCCACUGCUCACCAUCGUAUUCGUUUUUGGCAGGCUCAUCUACUGGGUCUGCCUCGCUCUGAACAGCACCGUCCGAGGCUUCGGCUUCGGCCUCUCCUUCUUCCCCAUACUCGUCAUGCUGRGCGCCAACCUCUACUACGUGUGCUCAUCGGUCGGGCAGGGCUCCGUUUUCGACGUGGCGCCCCCCGCGACGCAACCCCCUCCCCGGCUGCGCUGGUGGUUUUAAAGCAGAAAUAAUUUUUUAAAAAGGUGGAGAGGAGAAGCCAGACGACACAUCCCACUCAGGCAUCAUUUGUCCAUUUAGGUAUCUUUUACCUUUUUUUUUUUUAUUAAAGUCGUAAUCCUGAAGAUUUCUGGCCUAAUUAAAAACGAUUGGCAUUGCAAAGGCUUGCACAGUUCAUUUGUUUACAAUGCUGCAGAACAAACUAAGAUUUUAGAGAAUUUCUUCAUAACUGGAACGAACAAUAAUAAUACAAACUACUUGUUUUGGAUUAGAUUAUAUGUUUUGAUUUAAUUUUAAAUAGAUUAGCACUGCCAACAACUUUCAUAUUACUAUUUUAUUUCAUCAACAACUUAAAGAACAGAUAAAUCAAUAUAAAACUGAUUUUGGGAACUUCUAAAGCUCAAAUCUUUCAGGCAUUAAAACAAAAAGUUUUCGCAUCUUAAAGUUUAAAAUCUUAAGUCUACAUCACAUGAAAUAACUCUUGUAAUCAUGGAAACUAAAGCUGCACAAAUGUGCCUUAAUUUUUUUUGUCCUCAUAAGUAUUUAUUAAUUUUGUGCCAAUAAACACUUUAAAUUUCUUUUUUGUUUUGUUUGGAUUUGACGAGUUAGUUUGUCACAGAGUCUGACGUAAAGACAAAACUUUCACAUAAAGCACAACAUCCAGUCAACCUCGUUUUAAAAUAUUUGCUGAUUUAUUUCCAAUGGACAUUCACCUAAAAUAUAUAUUUUAUUUGAACAAUAAAAAAAAUAUCAACUGUUGCAUCAUGUUUCACAGAUGAACACUCACGUGAGAUUUGAGAAAAACAAAAUGUAAUUGGUGUUUUUGUUCCAGAAUGAAUUAAACGAUUUUUUUCUUGAUUAUGGGAAAAAAAAACAAUAUUUGAGGGAUUUCUUUUUUGUCUUUGUUUUAUUUUUUAUCUCAGUUGUUUCGAGUGAAAAUCUUUUAAACUUAUUGUUUAACUGAACCAUUAUUUACUUUUGUUGUUUUUAUUGAUUAAAAGCUUCAUAAACGGUUGUGCUGUUUUGGAAAAAUCUUUCUGUUGAAGGAUUUCUGUAGAGAUGAUCAAUAAAACUGUGAGUUUAAUAAACGUUUUCUGAAACAGGA